CUGACUUGGAUGCCCGUAGUCGUACUGCUCCCUGCCGACCAGCUAUUCGUAACCCGACACGAUUGACUGCAGCACAGGUGAACUGGAGAGGAGCAGUGUGUUUGGCGCAUGUCGAAAAUCCAGCUAUCAAGUCGAUAAUCAUCGUUUCGCUGAAGCGCUACCUUCACACUACCGCCCUGAGCUCGAGCAACACGUCCUGGCCUAAUCUGGCCUGAGAAGGUCACCUCUCGGUCCCUUGCAUUUAGCAACCCGCCAAGAUGCGGUUAGACAUAAAGAGGCAACUUUUUGCCAGAUCGGAGAGAGUCAAGGGCAUUGAUUUUCAUCCCACCGAGCCAUGGAUCUUGACUACCUUAUACAGUGGCCAUGUGUAUAUCUGGUCUUACGAGACGCAGGCUAUUGUAAAGACCUUUGAGCUUACGGACGUUCCGGUCCGAGCAGGUCGCUUCAUUGCACGUAAAAACUGGAUUGUAUGCGGCUCGGACGACUUCCAGCUUCGCGUGUACAAUUACAAUACGUCGGAGAAAAUUACCUCCUUUGAAGCUCAUCCCGAUUACAUUCGAGCGAUCGUAGUCCAUCCUACCCAGCCCUUCGUGCUGACCGCGUCCGAUGACAUGACCAUCAAAUUGUGGGAUUGGGAGAGGGGAUGGAAAUGUGUCCGCGUUUUCGAAGGUCAUAGCCACUACGUUAUGGGACUGGCUAUAAACCCUAAAGAUACCAAUACCUUUGCAUCCGCCUGUUUGGACCGGACGGUUAAGAUAUGGAAUUUGGGAUCAUCCUCGGCGAACUUCACCUUGGAGGCGCAUGAGACUAAGGGGGUCAAUUAUGUCGAUUAUUAUCCUCAGUCGGACAAGCCUUACCUGCUGACAACUUCGGACGAUCGAACGGUGAAAGUUUGGGACUACACUACAAAGUCGCUCAUUGCGACUCUAGAAGGCCAUUUAACAAACGUCUCCUUUGCAUGCUAUCAUCCGGAGCUUCCAAUCAUUAUCUCCGGAUCUGAGGAUGGAACUGUGAAGAUAUGGCACGCAAAUACUUACAGACUCGAGCAGUCCAUUUCAUAUGGUCUGGAGCGAGCAUGGUGCGUCAGCUACCAGCGCGGUAACCAGGGCAUCGCGAUAGGUUUCGAUGAUGGUGCUGUAGUGGUAAAAAUGGGGCGGGAGGAACCGGCUGUUUCCAUGGACAGCUCUGGAAAGCUCAUUUGGGCCAAGCACAAUGAGGUGCUAUCAGCCGUGAUCAAGGGUGGAGAUGCAACCCUUCAGGAUGGCGCACCUUUGACCUUACCGGCCAAGGAUCUCGGAUCAUGUGAAGUUUACCCUCAGUCACUUCUCCACUCACCCAAUGGCCGUUUCGUAUCAGUUUGCGGCGACGGCGAGUAUAUCAUCUAUACAGCUCUUGCGUGGCGAAACAAAGCUUUCGGCUCUGCUCUAGAUUUUGCCUGGGGUUCCAAGGACAACAGCAAUGAUUAUGCAAUCAGAGAGUCGACCACGAGCGUUCGGAUAUUCAGAAAUUUCAAAGAAAAGGGAGGCGGGCUCGACGUUGGCUUCCAAGCUGAAGGUCUCGCUGGCGGAGUUUUGCUCGGUGUAAAGGGCCAAGGUGGAAUCGGGCUCUUCGAUUGGGAAACCGGGGGCUUGGUUCGAAGAAUUGAGGUCGAACCCAAGAACGUAUACUGGUCCGAAAGUGGAGAACUCGUGGUCCUUGCUUGCGAGGACACCUUCUACGUCCUACGCUAUUCGAGAGAAAAUUAUAUUGCUGCUGUGAAUGCUGGUGAGGUUGAGGAAGAUGGUGUAGAGUCAGCCAUCGAGGUUGUCACUGAUAUUAACGAAACUGUCCGAACGGGAGAGUGGGUUGGCGACUGCUUUAUCUACUCUAACUCUACCAACCGCCUAAACUAUCUUGUCGGUGAUCAAACAUACACCAUUUCACACUUUGAUCAGCCAAUGUAUAUUUUGGGUUACCUACCCCGAGAUGGAAGAGUCUAUGUUGCAGACAAAGAUGUCAAUGUCAUCUCUUACUCAUUAUCACUCUCCGUGGUGGAGUAUCAAACGCUAGUGCUCAGAGGUGAUAUGGAUGCAGCAAAUGAGAUCCUAGCGGAUAUUCCUGAGGAGCAGAGAAACAAGGUCGCUCGCUUCCUCGAGGGCCAGAACUACAAGGAGCUGGCCCUGGAGGUUGCUACUGAUUCCGAACAAAAAUUCGACCUUGCUCUUGGUCUGGGUCGCCAUGACAUUGCUCUUGAAAUUGCUCGCCAGGCUGACGUGGAGCAUAAAUGGAAGAUCAUUGGUGAUGCUGCUUUGGCAGGUUGGGAUCUUGCUCUUGCGGAAGAAUGCUUCACGCAUGCCAAAGACUUGGGAUCGCUUCUCCUCCUUCAUUCUUCCACUGCCAACGUUGCUGCACUUCGCCGGCUGGCUGAGCAAGCGUCUGCCACAAAUUCCAAUAACAUUGCAUUCUCUUGCUUGUGGCAGAUUGGCGACAUCGAAGGCUGUAUAGAUCUACUCCUCCGUACCAAUAGAGUCGCCGAGGCCGUCUUGUUUGCUCAGACCUAUAAGCCGAGCAAAGCUCCGCAAGUAGCUACGCAAUGGAAGAAGACCCUUGAAGCCGAAUCCAAGGGCAAGAUCAGCCGAAUGAUUGCCAUGCCUCCGGGUGCUGAUGGCGCUGAUGACGAGCUUUUCCCAGAAUGGAAUGGAUAUCUUGAGCUUGAAAAGCGAGGCCCAUCCGCGCAGAACUUGAUCGACGUUGAUGUCGUGGGCGAAGGUGAGCCGGAAGCAGACAGCGCAACUGCCGGCGGUGACGCUACUGAGCCACAUGCUACCGAGGACACGAAUGGCGUUGAGGAAAAGGUUGAAGAGCAGGCUGAGGCUGAUAUUCAGCAGGAGGCCGAAGCAGAGGAAGAGGAAUCAUAAACUAUUCAUACUUUGCGCUUCUUUUUAGUUGUUCACCUAGUCUUAUUUCCCACGUCUCGACGGUACGAAGGGCCGGCAAAGAGUUCUGUAAUCUAGUUGCUAGACGUCUGUUGAUCACUUUGAAAAGAAAAUAAUUAUUAGCACCUUGCUUAGCCCAUUUUACGCUGCUCCUGAC